AUGGCUGUUGAGAUUUCAACAGCAAGCUUUGUUAAAGUGCAAAGCCAAAAGCAAGAUUUUAAGAGAAGCAAGUAUCAUCUCUCAACAAUGCAUUUCUUCAAGAUAUUCCACUCCUCCAUCAUCAGAGACAAACGGCUGGAACUUCCAAAAGAGUUUACCAGGAAGUUUGGAAAAGAGCUGUCUGAGUCUGACCAUGCAAUCCUCCAGAUUCCCAAUGGUAUCUGGCAUAUAGGAAUCAGGAAAGCUAAAGGUUUAGUUAUGUUUGAGAAUGGUUGGCCAGAAUUUAUGGAGUUUUACUCUAUUUGUGUUGGGCAUCUUAUGGUUUUCAGAUAUGAUGGGAAUUCGAAGUUUCAAGUUCAUAUAUUUGGCAUGAAUGCUACUGAGAUAAAGUACCCAUCUCAUUUUGAAAAUACUGAUCGUGAAGUGGAAGUGAUUUCAACUCAUUCGGACGAUAUUGAAUUGAUUUCAGCUCAUCCAGCUGCAGUUGAUAUAAUUUCAGUGCAUUCGGAUAGUAGUACUCAAAGCAACGGCGAACCUUCCUUGUCUACCCUUGGUGUGUUUGCAUCGAAUGAAGACAAUCACAAUCAGAUGGUUGAAUCUGCUAUGUGUGAGUUGCCCCAACCAUCCCAACUACAAAGAGCGUUUUCCAGUAAGUCUAGGCCUAAAAGAUCCUGUACUGCAGCAUUCCAGGCAAGCCAAUUACAAGAAAGUGCACUUAAAGCAUCUGCAAAGUUUACAUCUGAUAAUCCGUUCUUUAAGGCCAUUAUGCGAUCCUCUUAUUUAAAAAGAGGGACCCUGGGGGUACCUAACGCUUUUGGGACCUCAUAUUUGAAAAACAGAACACGGUUCGCGGUCACUCUUAUGGUUUCAUAUGGGAGAACCUGGGAAGCCCGAUACUUUUCUCGAGUGAAAGGUAGGAGAAGCCUAUCAGGGCUGGGUAAAUUCGUCUCAGAUAAUCAUUUGAGGGACGGGGAUGUAUGUGUAUUUGAACUAGUUGACAGGGUUAAGGUCAAGAUUAAUGUUCACAUUUUUCGAGUCUCACAAGAAAUAAUUACAAUACAUUCGGGUAGUAGAACCAUAUGCGAACCUUCCAUGUCUACUCUUGUGGAGUUUGCAUCAAGUGAAGGCCGUCUUAAUCUUGAAGCUGAACCUGCUACACAUGAGUUUCCUCAAGCAUCCCGGAAAAGAAAAGCAUUUUCCAGUAAGCUCACUCAUAAGAGAUCUUAUACUACGACACUCCAAGCAAUCCGAUUACAAGAAAGUGCACUUGAAGCAGCUGAAAAGUUUACAUCUGAUAAUCCCUUCUACAAGGUCCUUAUGCGACCCUCUUAUGUAAGAGGAGGCUACGUGAGAGUACCUAUGGUUUUUGCAAAACGAUAUUUGAAAAUUACAACGCAGAUGGCAGUCACUCUUGGGGUUUCAGAUGGGAGGACCUGGGAAGUUUUGUAUCUUGCUCGAGCACAACAUGAUAGAAGGCUAUCUCAGGGUUGGCCAAAAUUCGUUUCAGAUAAUCAUUUGAAGGAAGGCGAUUUAUGUGUCUUUGAACUGGUUGAUAGGAUAAAUAUAGAGAUGAAGGUUCACAUUUUCCGAGUCUCACAAGAAAUAAUUUCAAUACAUUCGAGUAGUGGUACUCAAACCAAAUAUGAACCUCCCAUGUCUACCCUUGUUGAGUUUGCAUCGAGUGAAGGCCGUGUUAAUCAGAAAGCUGAACCUGGUAAGACUCUCAUAACUGAAUUCUGA